AUGCUAAAACACAGCCUAUUUUUGUUCACCGUUGGACUAACUUUAACAGGAAACUCUUUUUCGAUAAAAGGUAAGCUUUUAAAAUUUCAAACUUUAUUUUUAGGGGUAUCUUCUGAAGAGACAUCCAGAGUUUCAACGUUUGAAGUAAUUAUUCCUCAACGUCUGACAGGCAAAGAGAAACAUCACACAUUUUUUCAUGAGGAGCAUUCAGAUGACAAUCUUUCUUACUCUAUUAAAACAAGAAAUGGAACAUACCUCCUAACACUGAAGAAAAAUAAAGACCUUGUUAGCAAAGAUUUUAUGCUAUAUACAUACAGAAAAAAUGGGACACUGGAGGCAACACAAUCAAAAAUCAAGACACACUGUUAUUAUCAUGGCACUGUUGAAGGAAUGGCUGACUCAAUGCUUACUCUUAGCACGUGUGAUGGCCUGAGAGGAAUUAUCUACAUUGGUGGCAAAUGGUAUGGAAUGGAGCCACUCAACUCAUCCAGCACAUUUGAACACAUGUUUUACCAGUUAGAAGAUAUGGAGCAUAUCCCUUUCCGAUGUGGUAUGCAGAAUGACAGCCUUCAUCGUGAGAUGAAGAUGUUUGUGAAGCAGUCUGUGAAAUAUGCAUUUUCAUCAAACAGUACCUCGAGUGGGGAAAAACUUUUGAGGAAGAAGCGAGCUGUCCUGCCACAGGAAAGCUAUGUGGAAUUAUUUAUGGUCGUGGAUAAUAACAGGUUUUUGCUGAAGAAAUCGGAUCCUGCUGCGGUGCAAAAGGAAACGGUUGAGCUGAUUAAUUAUGUUGAUGGGAUGUAUAGAGCGUUAAACAUCCAGAUUGUUUUGGUUGGAUUAGAGAUAUGGACAGUUACAAACCCCAUAUCGGUAAUGAAUGGUUCAGCUGGAGACGUACUGGGUAGAUUCGUUUCUUGGAGACAGAAAGAUCUUCUAAAACGAUCAAGAAAUGAUGUUAGUCAUCUCAUAAUAGGGAGAAACUCUUAUGGUGGAUCCAUUGGAAUGGCUUUUGUAGGUACCGUCUGCUCACAGGUCCAGGGAGGGUCAAUCAGCACUUUGGAUCAUAGCAAUUUGUUACGUCAUGCUACAGUAGUUGCACAUGAAUUGGGUCAUAACCUUGGAAUGAAACAUGAUGAUGAAAGGUGUCCUGCAUCCUACAUUAUGUACAGCACAGAUAAGGGAUCCAGGAAUUUCAGCACCUGCAGUGCUGAUGAUUUUGAGAACUUUAUUCUAAAUGGAGGAGGAAACUGCCUUAGAAAUCCCCCCCAAACAAGCAAUGUUUACAAAGAACCUGUCUGUGGUAAUAACGUGGUUGAUAGCAACGAAGAAUGUGACUGUGGUAAACCACAGGAAUGUACUAACCCUUGCUGUGAUGCUGCAACCUGCAAACUUACACCUGGAUCGCAAUGUGCUCAAGGACUGUGCUGCAAAAAUUGCAAGUUUAAAGUGGCAGGAACAGAAUGCAGAUCGAAGAUGGACUUCUGUGAUCUACCUGAAUACUGCAAUGGAAGCUAUGCCUACUGUCCAGAUGACAUUUAUAUCAUGAAUGGUUACCCAUGCAACGACAUGAAAGCAUAUUGCUACUAUGGAGUAUGCCAGAGUUUUGAUUCACAAUGUGAAGCUAUAUAUGGAAAAGGGGCACGAAAAGCACCUGAUCUAUGCUUUGAAAAAGCCAAUAUUAAAGGGGACAGGUUUGGAAACUGUGGAAUGAAAGGUGGAGUGUACAAGAAGUGUCCUGUUCAGCAUAGUCUGUGUGGCAAGGUCCAGUGCACUUCUGUUAGUCUUCAAAAUCUUCCUGCUUGGAGUGUUGUCAAUAAUGCGUCUGGAGUUUUAUGCUGGUCUUCUGAUUUUGACUUAGGAUCAGAUGUCCCUGAUCCUGCUCAAGUUCAUGAUGGAACAGCCUGCGGAGAAAAGAAGGCCUGUUUGGAUUUUCAGUGUGUUGAUGCAAGUUUUCUGGGCUACAGCUGUGAUGUAAAGCAGAAGUGUAACAAUAAUGGGGUGUGUAACAACAACGGGAACUGCCAUUGCCAUUCAGGGUGGGCGCCCCCCUUCUGUAACCAGCCAGGCUAUGGUGGCAGUGUUGACAGUGGGCCAGCUCACAUAGAUACAUCACUUCGGGAUGGCCUGCUUAUAUUUUUCUUCCUUGUGCUGCCAAUAUUGAUUGUGAUUGUAAUAGCAGUAAUUAAGCGCGAUGCAAUAAAAAAAAAGUUUUGCAGGAAAAGUAGAAGACAACACAGGGAUAAUGUGCAGCAACCAAAGCAAAAUAACGGACCAGCUCAUAGCACAGGAAAUAAUCAGUCUGCCACAUCAAAUCCUGAUUUUUUUACCAUAUCACAUUUUCCCGGUCCAAGGCAGCCAGUACAAACACGGAUUCCUGCAGUGCCUUCAGGACCUCAGCGACCUGUGGUCCUGCCUAGAUCAGCUGUCUGA